AUGAUGCGCAAGGUCCUCGUCCGUCGUGCUCGAAUGCGUCGACUAGCAGCGAUACUUCUAAUCGACGCGGCACAGUUCCGACGAGCCCCGGAUACCGUGUUACACGCAGUUCAGGAAUUUCUACGACUCCCUACUCGGAUCAAUUUUACCGCCUAUCUGGAGUAUAACCCGCAUAAAGGAUUCCACUGUCUUCGUUCUGGAGUGUAUUUUCCGGACUGGCCGGGCAGUCACUUGCCCCCACAUCGAAGUUGCCUUGGUUCCAGCAAAGGACGACCCUAUCCGCGUUUGAAUUAUACCACCGAAAUAUUACCACUUCUACGCACAAUUUAUGCUUCAGCGAAUAGACAACUAUAUCAAUUGUUACAAGAUCGACCGCUCUGGCGCUGGUGGCUGUCUAAAGCCUCCGGUCAAGAAUAUCCGACUUGGCUUACUGACACGGUGAUUAAGAAUUGA